UUUACUAACAAUCUAACCACCACCACGACAAUUUGGAUAAAUGUUUAAUUCUAAAUUUUAUAUGGUUAUAUUUACAUUGUUAUUCAGCUUAUAAAUGGCUUAUAGCCCAAGAAAAUACACCAAAAAAGAAGCGAGGAAUGAUAACAACAAAAACAAGCCAAACGACCUUGGGACCUCAAAACUUACAGGUUUGAUGAGGGCUGGGUCUAUCGACUCGUCUAAGCCAUUACAAGACACUCAAGCGAUUUUGGCCGAACGGGACUUGAGGCUGGGGAGAGCUACGUGGAACAAGUACGUGCUGCCGAUGCAAGACUUUGGCACCUCGCUGUUUAAGGAGUUAUUUCAAACGUAUCCUCAGUACGAGUCAAUAUUCGCGUACAUGAUAAAGUCACAAAACAGGGACCUAUUCAGCUGCACUCAAUUCAAGAUGCUCUCUUCUCAACGCGUGAUGACUAAGCUGAAAGGAAUGAUGGACAGUCUAGACAAGCACGACGAGCUGCUAGACAUGAUGACUAAGCUGGGACUGUACCACGCCAAACUCGGAGUGACUCGCCAACAUAUGGAGAGCAUGCAGAGGGCGAUCGUCAACACAGUGAGAUUGGCGAUGAACAAGCAGAUGCAGGGAGACGAGGAAGAGUCCCUCAACAAGUGUUUGACGUUCGCCUUCCGUAUAGCCAUCGCUGCUGGCGAGGAGUACCUUCAAUCACAGGCACCAACAACAAACUGUCCAGGACAGACUGUGUGACAACGUCCAAGAAGAAUUUGAUCUAAUAAUAGCUGCAUAAGAUGAGAAAUGUCUUGCGAUUACAUUAGCAAUAAAGUUAUCGUCAAAAGUGCGGGUAUGGCAUCUUUAACUUUUAAUGUAUUGAGCUAAAAAUGAAAAAGACUAA